CCAACGCUCUGCUGCGGCUCAACAUACGAAGAAGAAGAAACCCGGAAGUUUGGGGAAGCGCUGACCCGAAGCAGCGGCCGCGGAUAAUCUUCAGCCCGAGCUGAGCAGAGGAGGCUGCGGAGGAGCUGCUCCUGCAACAUGGCCGACCUCUGGCAGAGCGCCAUGGACCACGCUGUCGCCAUCGCACGAAAAGCUGGGGAGGUGGUGCGUGAGGCUCUGCGUGACGACAGGAAGGUGAUGACAAAGAGUUCGUCGGUCGACUUGGUCACACUAACUGACCAGAGGGUGGAGCAACUCAUCAUCCAAUCAGUGAAAGAGAAAUUCCCAACACACAGGUUCAUAGGGGAGGAGUCAGUGGCUGCAGGUGAAGCUUGUGACCUCACAGAUAGUCCCACCUGGAUCAUCGACCCCAUCGACGGAACCACCAACUUCGUUCACGCAUUUCCUUUUGUUGCCGUUUCCAUCGGAUUCUUUGUCAACAAACAGAGCGAGUUUGGCGUGGUUUACAGCUGUCUGGAAGACAAGAUGUUCACAGCAAGGAGGGGCAAGGGGGCGUUUUGUAACGGAGAGCCGCUGAGCGUUUCUGAUCAGGAAGACAUCCGACAGUCAAUCAUCGCCACAGAGUUCGGAUCCAGCAGAGACCCCGAAGCCGUGGACAAAAUCUUCUCCAGUCUGAGGAAUGUCCUCUGCAUCCCCGUCCACGGAGUUCGUGGUGCAGGAAGCGCAGCAGUCAACAUGUGUCUGGUGGCGUCCGGUUGUGUCGAAGCAUAUUAUGAGAUCGGGAUCCAUGUUUGGGACGUCGCUGCAGGCUCGCUGAUCGUCUCCGAGGCCGGAGGAGUCCUAAUGGACGUGGAGGGAGGAGCGGCGGACCUGAUGUCCCGGAGAAUCGUGGCCGCGAACAGCCGAGCCAUCGCCGAGAGGAUUGUCAAAGAGAUCGAGUCCUUCAGUCCACCCAGAGACGAUGCUCCGCCCACAAAAGUCUGAGGACCUGCCACUCAAACUGCAGACUGUAUCUGGACUGAAGCUGAUGUUUGAUGCAGUUUAUCAAGUUUGUGAUGAAUAAAG